AUGUCGGCGACUAGUGAUAUUGUUGCGACUUUGUCGCUCCACAUUGGAGAGACUGCUCUUGGUGAUAUUCAGCUUCACCGUAAGCAGCAGAUUACUUUCGGACGGGCCGAGAGCAAUGACAUUAGCCUGGAUGACGAGGACCUCCAGGAGCACCAAUGCCACUUCUGGGAAGUCACGUACGACGACAACCUUCCUCCUGCCGUUUACGUGAGGAACCGUUCUGCCACGGGGUCUACGUACGUGACUCGAAAGGAUGAGCGGAUCUACCUCAACAGUGAUCCGAUCUCGAGCAAGGGGUGGCUCCUGGAGCCUGGUGUGGAGGUUGGAUUUGGGAAGUAUACGAUUAAGGUGACGCAGCAUUAUAUGAAUCAGGGAGUGCAAAAGUUGGGAGAGAUUCAGCAAGAGGAGGCUCGACAAUUCCGAGACGACUUCGAGAUCUGCGACGUCGUCCUUGGGAAGGGCGGUCAGGGUGAGGUUCGCCUCGCCCGGAACGUCCGGACCAAGGAGCAGCUAGUCGUAAAGAUCGUUGACCUGGCGAAGAUGCUGGAGGUUCGGGGCCCCGGCGGAAUCAACUGGAUCAAUCGAACUCGUCUCGAGGCGGAAGUGCUUGGAAAGCUCGACCACUACAAUGUGAUCAAGUUGAUCACGCACUUCCGCUCAAACUACUCGAUAUACCUGUUCCUGGAGCUGGCAUCCGGAGGGGAUCUCACGUCGUACAUGCAGCGAAAAGUCUUCAUGGACGAAGGGGAGACCCAAGGGAUCCUUCGACAGGUGGUGGCAGGCCUGAAGUACAUUCACGACAGAGGGCUUGUCCACCGGGACCUGAAGCCAUGCAACAUUUUGCUGGCUUCUAUCCCACGGGGAAACCAUCGAGUAUGCAUAUCCGACUUUGGCUGCGCUGGCAUCCAUGCCUCGAGAAGGCUGGUGUCGGGUGUGGGAACUCCGGGAUACCAAGCACCAGAAGUCCAAUUUCGCACUGGCGUGCAAACGCCAACUGCGGACAUGUGGUCGCUUGGUAUGAUCGUGCUUGACCUCUUCGGCAGAGAGCAUGGGGUCCCAGAUUUGGCCCGCUCUCAAUUCGAAUCCCGUGUGCAGGCGACCCAAGAACAAGUCGAUGCCAAGCUCAUCGGCUUGUUCGCUUCCAAGAAGGACCAAAGGUCACUCCAUCUCCUGGAUUUCAUCAAGAGAUGUCUUCGCGUCGAGCCGACGGAAAGGAUGACGGUCUACCAGGCCGUCACUCAUCCCUUCCUGAGGCUCAACGAAGGCGUCUUCCAGGCCAUGGAGGGCAUCCGACGGAAGGGGGUCCCAGCAGUCACGCCCAUAGUGGAUAUUGGGCGUGAACUGUUGGACGUCUUGCCCAACAGCCGCAGGGGGAUGAAGGCUUUACCUCUCCCCGGCAGUGACUCGUAUACCCUGCGAGUCCGGAAUUUCGAAAGCCCGAGUGUGGAUAGGGCCGGUGGAUCGGGAUUGCCUGAUCAGCAGCAACCAAAGAGCCAAGUCCAACUUGGUUCUUCUGCUGAUCGCGGAAACCCCUUCGACCGGUCCCUUCCACAGGGUCAACCUCGGCCUGCCCCCGCGCAGCAGCCAGCCUCGUCGAGCCUCCGGGAGCAGUUUGCGAAGAUUCUCCGUGGACACCCGAUGCCUCGCCAGUACCAGCCCCCUUCUGCCACACCACUACCUCCUGGUGGGUCCGGUCCUUCCACUCCGAGCCUGCCUCGUCGCAACCCGUUCUCCUCAGAGCAGAACGUGGGCGCUUCGGGGUUCAGGAGCAAAGUGGAUCCGGCCAUCCUUGCGUGGGCCAGGGCUCAGCAAACCGGUGCGACCGGCACCACUGGACGGCCUCAACCUCAGCGCCCCUUGAGAAGGCUUUUGGGACGCGUUGAGGAAGAGACGCCCGGUGCGCCGACCGAUCCGGGAUCUUGGGUCAACGCCGUCAAUCGCAAGACCAGCGGUAAAUGGCCGUGA